AAUGACUGCUGAUGAAUGCCGAAACUGCCAUGCAAGUCAAUCGUUACGAUCCCAAUCGCAUCAUUAGUGGCGCUGGUAGCGGCAAGAAGUGUCAUUACGAUUUCCGGCUGCCCGUCCAUUUCUUUUGCAUCGUACUUCGACACAGGCAAGAUGCAGAUCUUUGUGAAGACACUCACGGGGAAGACGAUCACCCUUGAGGUGGAGCCGUCGGACACCAUCGAAAAUGUGAAGGCUAAGAUUCAGGACAAAGAGGGCAUCCCUCCGGAUCAGCAGCGUCUCAUCUUCGCCGGCAAGCAGCUGGAGGAUGGACGCACACUCUCCGACUACAACAUCCAGAAGGAGUCGACGCUCCACUUGGUGCUGCGCCUUCGCGGUGGCGCCAAGAAGCGCAAGAAGAAGAAUUACUCCACGCCCAAGAAGAUCAAGCACAAGCGCAAGAAGGUCAAGCUCGCUGUGCUGAAGUACUACAAGGUCGAUGAGAAUGGCAAGAUCCAUCGGUUGAGGCGCGAGUGUCCGGGUGAAAAUUGUGGCGCUGGAGUCUUCAUGGCUGCCCAUGAGGAUCGCCACUACUGCGGCAAGUGCAGUCUCACAUUUGUCUUUAAGCAGGACGAGAAGUAGGCUCGCACCUACGCUUUGCUGACACAAUAAAUGACGGUGUCUUGGAAAAAA